AUGGCAAUCCAUGAUACCACUGGAAAAGUCAAUGCGCCUGCGUUUGACCGCUUCCUUUCCAUCACUCCCCAGCUCAGUAACACGCUUCGUGUUGACAGUCAUUUGAACAUGACGUUUGAGCUGGAUGAGCCAACCGAGUACAGACAGUUAUGGCUCACAAUGAAUGUAAAGAAUGAUGGGCGUUUCCUACAAAAAGCAUUAGAAGCGCAACGCGAUUUUAUUGCUAGUUGGAAGGCGGACCAGGACCCAGACUUUGUCAACUUUGUGGUCAUCCAAUCAAUGCCCAAAGUGUUGUUUGAGAGCUCUGUCAACAGGGGUGGAAACGUCACUGGCAUGGAGCGCGAAGCAGGCGACGCGAUUCUGUACCAAAUGCAACACAUGGUUCGGAAUGCUGAGCAAGAGGCCGCGGCGCGCAAGAGGUUGAUUCCGAUGCGCGACGCACUGAAGCAGUACAGCAUCGAUAUUGGCGUCGAUAUAGAGUGGCAAUAUCUUGCAUACGCAGACGGCAGUCAAGAUCCACUGUCUACAUAUGGCCCAGAGAACAUUGAGCUCAUGCGAAAUGUUGCGACGAAGUACGAUCCCCAGGGUGUUUUCCAAUCUCGAGUUCCUGGUGGCUUCAAGCUUUUCAAGUCUGCUUGA